CUCGCGAGAGUUGGCGCGGGAUCUGCACUCUUGAUGUUUCCGGUAACCUGCGGAGAGCAGCUGGGCCGAAGCUCACCGCGCCCUCUUCAUCCUCAGCCUCCUCUACCGGGACAUUCCGCUCACCGGGACCGGCUUCACUCGCCACGGAGCUCGGGAGCUCAUUUACCGUUACAUGAGAGAGACAGUGAGCACUGACAGACGCUUUAAACCUCAGCAGACACUCAGACCGAUGCUAGCAAGCUAACAAUAUCCUCUCGCGCGGACCGAGAAAUCAAAAUAAUGCGUUUAUUUAUUACUCCUAGCACAUUUAUACUGCUUUUAUAAAGUGAAUGUGCGUUUUCUCAGGCACACGUGUGGUGUUAUGUGUGUUUGCGACAGUAGCACGUGUUGUUUAUAGGUUACAGGUGAUUUUACUGUUUGAUUGUUAUCUCUGUGUAAUAUAAGAGUCCGCGUCACGUUAGUGUGAAGUGAAUGUCAGCUCACAGCAGAGACCUUCAUACUCCUAGUGUUUUAAUACAAUAAUGAUCAGAGCUGGACAGGUUGAGGAGUGUUUAUAGACUGAUUAGGUUAACAGUAAUCAGAUCUAGGAAAUUAUCAGCUCGAUGACAAGCUGUAAAUCAGAGUUAUUAUACAGUAAAGCUCAGUCUGAGCUCACGUUAGAUUAAAGGUCUCCUCAGCCUUUUCAAACAUCAGCCAUGGCUCCGAAAAAGAGACCGGAGCCCAUAGUUAUAACCACAACCGGAGAAGCACAGACGACCUCUACAUCCAUCGAUGCAGCGUCAGAAGCGAAUCUCGAGGCCCUGCAGAAGAAGCUGGAAGAGCUGGAUUUGGAUGAGCAGCAGAGGAAGCGUCUGGAAGCUUUCCUCACGCAGAAAGCCAAUCUGGGCGAGCUGAAAGAUGAUGAUUUCCAGCAUAUCUGUGAGCUGGGAGCUGGAAACGGAGGUGUGGUUAAUAAAGUAUGCCACAAGCCCUCUGGCCUCGUAAUGGCCCGGAAGUUAAUUCAUCUGGAGAUCAAGCCGGCCAUCAGGCUUCAGAUCAUCAGGGAGCUGCAGGUCCUGCAUGAGUGUAACUCUCCGUACAUCGUGGGUUUCUACGGAGCGUUUUACAACGACGGGGAGAUCAGCAUCUGUAUGGAGAACAUGGACGGAGGCUCUUUGGAUCAGGCUCUGAAAGAGGCUCGCAGGAUUCCAGAGGAGAUCUUGGGAAAAGUCAGCAUAGCUGUUUUAAGAGGUCUCACUUACCUUCGAGAAAAGCACCAGAUAAUUCACAGAGAUGUGAAACCUUCAAAUAUCCUGGUCAAUUCCCGUGGGGAGAUCAAACUGUGUGACUUUGGCGUGAGCGGGCAGCUCAUCGACUCCAUGGCCAACUCUUUUGUAGGAACACGCUCGUACAUGUCGCCGGAGAGGUUGCAGGGCACUCAUUACUCGGUGCAGUCAGACGUGUGGAGUAUGGGACUCUCUCUGGUGGAGCUGGCCAUCGGCCGCUAUCCCAUUCCUCCACCCGACGCCAAGGAGCUGGAGGGCAUCUUUGGCAGGGCAGUGAUGGAUGUUGGGGAGGCAGGGACACACAGUACGUCUCCUCGACCCAGACCCCCCGGCAGACCUGUCAGCGGUCAUGGGCCUGUCAUGGCUAUAUUUGAGCUGCUGGAUUAUAUAGUCAAUGAGCCGCCCCCUAAACUCCCUCAUGGCGUCUUCACUCCUGAUUUCCAUGACUUUGUGACCAAAUGUCUGAUCAAAAACCCUGCAGACCGAGCGGACCUGAAGAUGCUGAUGAAUCACACGUUUAUUAAGCGCUCCGAGGUGGAGGUGGUGGACUUCGCUGGAUGGUUGUGUAAAACGACUGGGCUCAAUCAGCCCAGCACACCCACCCAAACGGCAGAAUGACACACACACACACACACACACACCAGACCGUCACAUGACCCACGAUUCCCCUACAGAAUACAAAUGUUUACAGCCUAUCUGAUGGAACACCUGCAAAGCUGCUUAUUUUACUCUUUUACUUCCAUAUUCAUGGGUGAAUCUCAUGGAUCCAGUCAAGAACAUGAACAUUUCACGCUCAAGACAAAGAAUUAAGAGAUGUAUGUAUUUUUAUGAAAGAAAAUUAAGAUCUUGCAUCAUGUGAUCUUUGUCUUGCCAAAAAAGUGCAUUUGCCCCCCAAAAAACAAAUGAAAUAUUAUUAAAUUAUGAAGUAAAGUCCUGUAUGGUAGUAUUUGUUGUACUGCCUUUAACUUUUACUUCAUUACUAGUACUUACAGUAGUAUUUUGUACUGUAGUACACAAAAAUACAUUUACUGUAAUGCAGUUCACCAAUAAAAAUAAUUACAAAAAUUAAAAAAUGGCUGAAAAAGGAAAUUUUGGUUAAUUGUCUUGAAAAUGUCACAAUGCAAAAACAAUCUUACAAUCUGGUCUUAAAAAUAAGCAAAAUCUAAUUUUCAUAUAUUUUUCUUCUGAUUUUGUUGUUGUGACGCAUGACCCGAGAAUGUUUUCAUCAGAUUCACUCUUGAACACAUCCAGGCACACACACACACGUUCUCAUCUGACCCCCGAUCAUGUGUAACGGAUGUAAUAUAUGCCAGGAAAUCACCACCGUCACUGAAUGAUACCUGUAUGUUCAUUCUUACGUUUCCCACAGACAUCAAACACACACCGUUGCUUUAAGACUCUCAAUAAACUGAUUGUAGAGGGGAUGAACUGA